GCCCUACGUUAGUUGCUAUGACAACAAGGCAAGCAUUUUUGAUUUGUACAACUAAUAAAUAGUUGUUGCUACCGAAAUAAACGAAUGCAUGGAUACAGACAAAUAAGAGUGAUCAAACGACAAAAGCAUCAAAGUUUACUUUUUUUCCAUCGUGAUAAAACUUCAUAGAUUUAAGUCAUAAUGCAAGCUAAAUAUCCAAAGAAAGUAAAUCCUACUUUUUGGGAUAGAGUGCACGUUCAGCCAAGAGUGAGGAAGUUCCCUGAUACAGGGGAAUCUAGUGAAACCACCGGACGGAGGUGGCGACCACCGCCUGAAGUGGUACAGGAAUUGAAACCGGCAGUUCCGGAAGUGACGUUCUACGAUCGAGAUUACAAUGUGACCAGCCAACUUACCCGGUCACAGACUUGCGAGGACUUCACGUACAAGGCUCCAGAAACGCGUAGGUUUAACAAACAUACUGCUUAUACUGAAAAUCAGUAUAUUUAUCCACCUAGUCGAAGGCUAACAGACCAGCCCCCGAUGUGCAAUGCACACGGCACGACGGAAAUGCGACAUGCAUACAAAAUACCGCAGCAUCCACCGACCCUGGUUACUGACAAGAACCAGCAUAAGCAUCCUGCCUGCCUGCCGGACCCACCAAUGAUAGAGCCAAGUUGGCACAAAGAUUUAGAACCGUUGGACACAACAUAUGAAGGUUACGAGAAAUACCUAGACCCUUAUCUCACAACGAGCCGGCUGCAUCAUAGGCCAUAUACAGCAGAGCAGCUGAGUAGAAGAUCUGUAACAAAAGAUAUUGUGACCUAUCACACCUUAUCUAAAGAGCCCUGGGUGAGAACCCGCAAACCUUCAGUAGAUGAUUGGCAUUUGCCUUUAGAAGGAUGUAAAAUUAAGUAUGAAAGAGAAAGCAUCAGAAAGAAUUCCACAUUUUCCCUCCCUAGAGAAAAUUUGUUUAGGGAAAUUAUCACUCAUAAUAAGCCUAAGUGGCUGCCAAGCUCAUUUCGUACUGAGGUAAGAGACAACUACGUAUCACCACCUAGCCAGGCCGGCUCUAAUAUUCGAGAUCUUGAAGAGCAAGUACAAUCGUAUUACCAACGAAACAUCGCGAAUUUGCAAACCAAUGUCCACUACGAGCACUCCACUGCGAAGGAGAAAUUUGAUUCUGAGACAUCACAGAUUGGAACUGGAAAACCGAUUUGUUCCGUGUUGGAUCAAUUUAAGGAAAAAAACAAACGGAUUCAGUUCAUAAGCACGAGAAUUAGUUAAGUUUCGAUAGGUGCCUACUAAUAAUCUCUGCGAUUAGCAUUUGCCUGCGGCGGUAAUUGUCAUGGUCGCAUUUUUAUCACUUGUCAUGUCAUGCGUUAUUUUCGCACUCACAUAGUUGUUAGAACGUGACAGGCAUCAUGAUGAUAGAUGAUAAAAAACCGACCAUUUUAGUAGGUAGGUUAAAUCAAUAAGUUUGAAAAUUACCCUCGACGUUUCGUACACGACUUCUUCGAAAGACGUUUCUCUACUUGGAGUAUUUUUCCGGGAUCGCAAAACAGUUUCAUGUUCGAAACGUAGGAGGUAAUUUUACAACUUUAUUGAUACGUAAUUAUAUUCUGUUUAGUGAAAUAGUAUGUAAUUAUCGUGGAAAUUUAAAUUUAAUAAGCCGGUACCUUCGUAAGGCACCUACUUAAGUCUGUACCUAUUAAAAGUAUCAGUAUAGUACAUUACGAUACAAGUGCGAAAAAUAGGAAAUUCGCAAUG